UGUUAUUAUGCUACAGUUACAAAAUACCAAGAAGUAUAAAAUUUGUCGAUAGAAAAAUAAGAUAUAUUUUUAAUUUUAAUAUAUGGUUACAACACUAACGGAGUGAGAUACAGUACAGUACAACAAACAGUAAUAUGGCACGAAUAAAUUAUUUUAUAAUUUUUACCAGCUUCGAACUAUUUAAAUUGACAUCAGAAACGAUUAUAAAACCUAUAGACGAAAGAGUUCUGACAGCUUUUACGAUAGCCUUUGGCACCGCUAAUGAUUUUUAUGCAAUGUUCCAACAAUGCGUAGAGACUUUUAUGCCGAACGAACACUUUAUAAUGGACAAUUUAUUUGGCUAUGUGAACUACCCAAUGAAAACAACUGUGGGUUCGAGCCCCGAUUUCACAAGUAAUCGAAAAUUCUUCGCAAAUCUGAUCAGUACUCCAGCUUUCAAAGAAAUGUUGGCAAAGGAUACUCGUGAAAUACGUCUGUCGUAUUAUCUGAAGAUGAAAUAUUGCGACGAAGCUGUACUAGAUCAACAAAUACUCAGAGACUUUUACGAUCAUGAAGUAGACCAAACCAAAGUAAGGAAAUAAAGGCGAAAAUAUUGUAUGAAUUAUCGUUAUUAUGAAAAAUAAAAUA